AUCAUAUUGUUAUGAUAGUAGUGAAAAUGUUUCUAAACAAUAACAUAUUUGAGAAAGAUAGCCUAUUAAUUUAGGCACUAAUUGUAAUACGUACCUAUCACAGCCCACAUCCUUCCGAGAAGAUAAUCUAUCAGGGUGUGCAUGAUACUGCCUCAUCCAUCUAUUGGCGUAAGGAUGAUCGAUUAUGUGACUGGGAGGUAAACUAUUGUCAGUGUACUGUAAAAGCCUUACCAGGGCGAAGAAAUGUGAAUGUGUGGAAACGCACCCGCAAAAGCUGUCGGCAAUGCGCGGCGAUAUAUGUACUUCGUGUACUGUAUUUGAAAAUGAUUUCGUACUUUUUUUUAAUCAUGUGUACCUUAGAGUACAAGUUUUGUGACCCUUACGUUGCAAUUCGCUGAAUUGGUGGCCAUAUUUGUUGUUGCAUGGGGUACCUUGUGCUAUGUUUUGGGGGUUGUUUCUAUGUACUUUUAUUUAAGCUUUUCCAUCCUCUUCUCGGGGCAUCGCAAAAAGGGAAGCAGACAAACGGUUGCUGUUACGUUCCAGCGCUGUAGGAUCGUACGAUCAAGCACCAGCCGGCUGGGGUUAGCGUAUUGCGAGGUAUACUCCCGAGCGAUGGUCCACGUGGGUAAUAUACACGCGUGCUGCGUGCUCACUUACACUUACCGGAAUGUUUUUGUUUUUCGUUUACACUAUAUUACGUUCUCGUCUCGUGGGGACGCUAGCUAACGAAUGUCCUUCUCUCUUUUCUCUUUUCUCUCUCUCUUUCUCUCUUAAUUCUUUUAUUUCUGAAUAUUGUCGAACUCAUGGGAGCUCAAGUCGGUUGUGCUAUGCUUUCAACCUCCUAUAAACGGGCAUGCAACCUCAGCACACAGAGUUCGAUCGGCGUGCGCGUAUCACGAGGACACGAGCUUCUCUUCUCUGCGUCGUUCGCUGUAAUCAUCAUCGGCGUAUACCCCAAACCAAUGUCGAAUUCAUCCUUCCUUCCCGGAGGGAAACAGAGAGAAGGCGCUAGUAGCGGUCGCGCGUAGAAGAUCGAUCAGUUAUUUUUCUCUUUUUUCUCUUAUUCUCUUUCUUUGUGGUUUUUUUCUUAACCUCCUAACUGUUGAUCGUAUUGUAUUACACAGAGAAAAAUUGCGCGACUGAAGUAAAAGUCCAAUGAUACGUGGAUAGAGAGAAAGUGACGAAUAUACGCGCAAAUGGAAACACAUAUACGAUCAAUGUGAACGUAUUAAUCGGCAGCAUUUCUGCACUCUAUCUUGAAAAAUGAAAAAAAAGUGCAUAGUAUAAGAAAACUCCCACCCCCACUCCAGCAUGGGACAAGUUCCUGGCGAUCGGCUAAUUGCGGUAACACGGUGAUCGUGUUUUUUUGUUUUUUGUCCAUUUCUCUUUCUCUCUCUUUCUCUCUCUCUCUCUGUUUUGUUUUGUUCAAUCUAUGUGUUCUCUUUAAUCGUACUUUCAGCGAACUGGGGAUUGUUCGUGAUUCGAUGACGUGUUAUAUUUGAACAGCUUUGUUUGAAUGAACCGUGCUUGCCUUCAAGAUUAGGCUAACUGAACCAUCAUGUAUGCGCGUGUUGUUGAGUAUAAUUGUACAAUUCUAACUUCUUGAGACGAUACAACGGUAGUAGCCAACAUAAUCCUUUGCAUAAAUAGUAGUAGUACUUCCACUGUUCUCCUCAGCCAUCGUCGGAAUGGGCCACGAAAAUGGGAUGUAUUUUGUAGGCUCGAUAUGUGGGACGACGCUCGCUAUUCUGCAAGGACAUGCUCUGUCCGAGUGCGCGUGUGUGUUUCUGUGCUUCUCGUCCUGGUUGAACCAUCCUAUAAUCAUCGUCACCAUCUCAACACCGCAACAGUAUAUAUGUGAACAAAGCCUGGGAACGAGGCCGUUGGCAGUUUUUUCUUUCUUUUUUGUCUACGUUUGGUUUUUCUCUUUUCUCUUUUUCUCUCUCUUUCUCUCUCUCUCAUCUUUAAUUACAUAUAUAUUAUAUUGUUCUCUUUCUUAAACAAAUGAAAAAAAAAAUCCUGUGAUAACAAUAUCAUCUUUCCUGGCGUCCGGAUGCGACCUAGACUCUUCCUGCUUAUGCUGUGGAAGAUAAUAUCGACCGCAUCUACUUGACUUUGACUGAUCUAUAUGUCUCUCGUAUUGUUUUUGUUUCUCUCUUUCUCUCUCUUUCUCUUUCUAUCUUUCUCUAUUUCUCUUUUUGUUUCAUCUACUCCCAUGCGUAUGCCAAAAGAAGCGAAAAUGCACCUUCUUUGCAAAAGUACUGCGUAAAGACAGAUACACAAUCUGCCACUGCCACUAUUACUACUACCAAUACUACCACAACAACUAUUCUUCCUUCGUCAUCACGUUACAUUUUGAUACUUUGCCCAAGCGAAAGGCCAACAAUGAAACCGUUCGCCUAUCUACUACUACUACUACUACUACUACUACUACUACUACUACUACUGCCUACUGCUACCUAUACUACUACCGCUACUAUCAUCACCACCACUCACCAUCAUAAUUGCUACCGGUUCUUUCGUUCGUCCUUUGACUGAAUUUCGCAUCACGACUGCCGCGUGCGUGUACUGCGUAAUCGCGAUGGUUGGAAAACAAGACUCUAAAUGUUAUCUCAUGUUACCACUGCUCUCUCGUGCAAUGGCAGACUAUACGAACAAGAACAGUAUCACACAUAUUCACAGCACGUGGCGAGCAAAAUGUAUCAAAAGAUUGUGAACUCUUGUCUCUUGUGAACAUCCUCACACAAGUUGACUCCCCCAGAUCCAUGGAAGAGAACCGAAGAUUCUACCGUACAUUGCGCAGCCCGUGUAUGAUAUUCGUCAGAUUGGCGAUGUGGCCUUUGGACCGGGCACUCGGUCGGCACUGCUGGGCAUACUCGGUGGAGCAUUGCCCCGGCUUAACACGGAGCAGAUCGAGCUAGUAUCGAGGGCGAAAAAAUACGCCAUGGAGCAGAGCAUCAAGAUGGUGUUGAUGAAGCAAACGUUAGCCCAUCAGCAGCAGCAGUUGGCCAGCCAGCGCACCCAAGUGCAACGGCAGCAAGCUUUGGCUCUUAUGUGUCGUGUUUACGUCGGCAGUAUUUCGUUUGAACUGAAGGAAGACACCAUCAGGGCGGCAUUCCUACCAUUCGGGCCGAUCAAAUCGAUCAACAUGUCCUGGGAUCCGAUCACGCAGAAACACAAAGGAUUUGCGUUCGUCGAGUAUGAAAUACCCGAAGGAGCGCAGCUGGCGCUGGAACAGAUGAACGGUGCCAUGCUCGGUGGGCGCAACAUCAAGGUCGGCCGACCGAGCAAUAUGCCGCAGGCGCAGCAGGUGAUCGAUGAGAUCCAGGAGGAAGCGAAGAGCUACAAUCGCAUCUACAUUGCCUCGAUCCAUCCGGAUUUGACCGAGGAGGACAUCAAGAGCGUGUUCGAAGCGUUCGGGCCAAUUAUGACCUGCAAGAUGUCGCAGGGAAAUGCUGUACACACGCACAAGGGAUACGGAUUCAUUGAGUAUCAGACGAAUCAGUCCGCAAUCGAAGCAAUCGCCAGUAUGAAUUUGUUUGACCUGGGCGGACAGUUGCUAAGGGUUGGACGAUCAAUUACGCCACCGAACGCGCUGAUGGGCCCGGCGGCGAAUUCCGCCAUGCCAACAGCAGCAGCCGUCGCUGCAGCAGCUGCUACCGCCAAGAUUCAGGCCAUGGAUGCUGUGGCUACGAACGCCGUCUUGGGACUGUCAGCCACUUCACCUGGUCUGAAAGUUGGUCUCACGGGGCUGCCGCUUAACCCGGCAAUCACGACAGCCAGUGCUGGAUUUGUUGCGCAAGCACAGUUGGCCGCAGCCACACAGGCCGCAGCUGCAAUUAACAGUCAGCCGGGGCUGCUGGUGCCGCCAGUUUCGCUAGCCCCCUCCCUGCUGGUCAAUCCGGUGCUGGGUGCUGCAGCCAAGCCACUUCCCACAGUAUUGAGCCAAGCGAAUCCGGCUGCGGUUGCGGCGGCGGCCGCCGCGGCAGCAGCAGCAGCAGCGGCAGCUGCUGCGGCCCCGAACGCUACAGCGGAAGAUGUGUACAAAAAAGCACAAGAAAAACAGCAGGAAGAGCUACAGAAGAAGCUACUGGAGGAAGGGGAACCGCAAACGUUACAGCAGCAGGAGUCCAUGUCGAUCAAGGGCCAGAGUGCUCGGCAUUUGGUGAUGCAGCGGCUAAUGAGGCCGCGCGAAAGCAAGGUGGUUAUUCUGCGCAAUAUGGUCGGACCGGAGGACGUCGAUGAGACGCUGCAGGAGGAGAUUCAAGAUGAGUGUAGCAAGUACGGUGCCGUGGACCGGGUUAUUAUCUACAAGGAGCGCCAAUCGGAGGGCAACUUUGCCGAGGACGACAACACCGACAUGAUCGUAAAGAUCUUCGUCGAGUUCUCGCAGGCCACCGAAGCAGAUAGAGCCCGUGAGUCACUGAACGGUCGCUACUUUGGCGGCCGCCUGGUCAAGGCGGAGUCUUACGAUCAGGCUCUCUUUGACCACGGCGAUCUGUCUGGCUAAAUCGAGGGCGCGUGAGCACGUGUGUGUGUUUGGGGACGUGUGGGAAGCGCUCCGCAUCCUACACUUUCUUACCUCUCGAGCAAUGGUCCUAGCUGAUCAAUUUUCGACACAAACAUUGGGAGCGCUUAUAUGUGUGUGUUUGUGUGUGUGAAGUACUCUUACUCUCUCUCACACACACACACACCCUUAGAUGGGCAGGAAGAAUUGGAUGGAUCGAAAAAAACACGAUCGUUGGUAAUGGGAGACUCAGCAGGUUCAUAAUUUGUUCACUUGGAAAUGAAAAUUGUGUCCAGUUCUUUGACCCUGCCCAUCGCAAAGAGAAAACCCGCCAGUAUCGAUUAGCCAGAAAGAUUGUACCGAACACAGUUGUUUGUUUAUUAGCUCUCAAGCAUCAUAUUACCACCAAUGCUAUCGGCCCACUCAACUUGAAUCCCUUUUGAAAUAGUAAAUAAUGCGUGGACGACGAACCCUUUUCACUGAACCAGCAUUAAUGUGGUUCAUUUAGACUAAAAAAAGUAAGAUUAAAAACCUAAUAACACAACCAUAAGAUCACACCCAGGAUUAAUAGAAACCUACCUUUAAACUACAUAACAUGCACUUCAUGCAACAAGCACCUUGAUGGACUUUUGGAGUUUCGAAAAGAGGACAACUUUUGUUGCACUAGCAGUGUCCCCCGUGUUACUACGAUGCAAUCCAUCAGACCAAGCUGUGCAUAUAACAGAGAGUGAAUGGCAUUACGAUGCACACAUACACCAUUUCUCAUUCAUGUGUUAGACAUAAACAUAGGCAUAAAGUCAAAAUAAUCCUGCAUCGUAAAGGACGAGCUGUGUGUAUUGAAGGCGCAAUACCUAGGAAUUCACACGGACCUAAUUAAAUCCACCAUAAAUUUCGAGCGUCGCUCAACGCUGCUCUUGCUCUAAUAUAUUAUAAUUUAACUGUAUAUACAAACUCGGGAAGCGCGUAACGGCCAUUUGUUCGUUUUGCUGCUUUUCCGGUGCUACAUGAUCAAGGAAAUAUAGGACUAACGUCACCAAAAUCA